AAAUGUCAUUUUCGACAGAAACAAUCGAUUUUUUCAACUUUACAUAUUAGCAACACUGCCAUAGUAGCAUGUCAAAUUCAUUGGAUAUUUCGAGCGGUUAGAAGUACACACACAAUAAUCUGCAAAUCGAUCCAAUCCCUUCAACCCCAAAUCUUAAAGAAGAACAAGCGCAACAACAGAAAUAAAACUACAUCACAACAAUAACAGCUACUACCUUACCAGGAAGAGAAAGAACAACACAAAACCAACAACAAAUACCAUUUAAAAGAAAGUACAAAAAAAAAAAAAGAGUUAAAUCAAAAUGCUGAUUAAAGAAUUCCGAGUCACUUUGCCAUUAACUGUUGAGGAGUACCAAGUUGCACAACUGUAUUCCGUGGCGGAGGCAUCUAAAAAUGAAACGGGCGGUGGUGAAGGUAUUGAAGUAAUAAAAAAUGAACCCUUUACCGAUCAUCCAUUGUUGGGUGGCAAAUAUAGUUCCGGUCAGUAUACAUAUAAAAUUUAUCAUUUGGCUUCAAAAGUCCCAGCAUUUAUAAGAAUAUUGGCACCCAAAGGAUCUCUGGAGAUUCACGAAGAGGCAUGGAAUGCCUAUCCAUAUUGUAAAACAGUCAUUACGAAUCCUGGUUAUAUGAAAGAUAAUUUUAUCAUAAUCAUUGAAUCUCAUCACAUUGCUGAUAUAGGCGACCAGGAAAAUGUACACCAACUGCCCCCCGAAAAACUAAAACAACGCGAAGUUGUUCAUAUUGAUAUUGCCAAUGAUCCCGUUACGCCUGCGGAUUAUAAACCUGAUGAAGAUCCAACAAAGUUCAAAUCAGAGAAAACCGGUCGCGGUCCCUUGGUUGGUGCCGACUGGAAGAAGAAGGUCGAUCCAGUCAUGACAUGUUAUAAACUGGUCACUUGUGAAUUCAAAUGGUUCGGUCUACAAUCGAGAAUAGAAAAUUUCAUUCAAAAAUCGGAACGACGAUUAUUUACAAACUUCCAUCGUCAAGUAUUCUGUUGGAUGGAUCGCUGGCACGGUCUGACAAUGGAAGAUAUUCGUGCUAUUGAAGACAAGGUCAAGGAGGAGCUCGAUAAACAACGUCAAGAGGGUGAAGUGCGUGGCACCAAAGCCGAUAGUGAUUAGGAACAAUAUUAAUAAAUGUCGUCAAAAUAAACAAAAACAAAAAAAAACCUAAAAACAAACUAUAUAAAUAUAUAACAACAAAAGUAAAAAAAAAACUAUACAACAACAGCAACAACACAUUUAAAAGAAAGUAUAUGCUACAAAAGUGAAACAAAAAACAACAAAUGUAAAAGAAAACAAAAGAUUUAAAUAAAUAAAUGCUGCAUUAAUUAAAAAUCCAAAACAAAUCGAAAGUCAAAAGUCGUCUUAUAAUAAAAAAAACCACAAUAGCAAUAAUAAUAAUAAUUAAUUAAACAUUUUUAAAUGAAAAAUAUGUAUUUUUUUCAAAUAUGGCACCACCAAAAAAAUCAAUGAAAUCAAAUCAACACCAAUAACGAUUCUACUAUCACAACAAUACUUACCACAACAGCAUCAGCAGCAGAGCUAUAGGACCUUAUUACUUUCGAGACCACAAAACCAAAAAAAAAAAAGGCAACAGGACACACAUAAUACUGCUAUAUAUACAUACAUACAUGAAUAUUCCUAUUUACCACACGCCAGGCAGAAUGAAACAAUCAUAGCAGCAGCAGCAGUAAUUACUUUUACAUGGUUCGUUUGUAUUUCUAGUUGUAUUCUCUUCCAUCCAGUUAACGAAAACAACAGCAACAACAUUAACAACACCAGCAACAAUUAAAAAUAACAAAGGCUCUCUCUUAUUUUUGUUUUGUAAUUCAUUUUCCUUAUUUGUUUGUUGUUUGUAUGUUUUUUUGAUUUGUUAAUUGAUUUGCCUUAAAAUUAAUUUUUAUAUUUUUCCCCACCCGAUUUUUUCUUCUUCUCUUUUGUAAAUGUUUUUUUUUUUUUUGAGUCAGGUUUAUAUUAUGUAAUAAGUGUGUAAACAACAACAGCAAAGAAUUUUUUUAUAUAUACACUCACUCAUACACACACAUAGAAAGAAAUAUUAUUAUAAUUAUAAAUACAUACACAUAUAAAUAUAUAUAUUUAAACACCAAUGUUGAAAUAAAAACAAAAACAAAAAUAGCAAUAGUUUAAGUUAAUAAAUACUUAACAGUACAGCAACAACAACAAAAUCAACAAGAUGAGAUAACAUACUUCUUAUACAGAUAUAUAAAUAUAUUUACAAAGUAAAGAUUAAAAUAACAAAAGAGUAAUAAAUAAAUAAAUCAUCCCGAUCCAAAAAAAAAAA